CAAGAGACCGACCACGACCAAUAGAAACAGGAAAUGCAGUUCCACCAUAUCCGGCACUGCCUUUAGCGGCUGCGCUCUGUGCUGGGGAGGCCGGUGACGUCCGGUGAAGUUCAAGAUGGCGGCCCUGGGCUGAUUCUGCUCCUGCUGGUGACGAAAGUACCGCCGACUCCUGCCUGACGACCCUUGGGGAGACCCUGCGCCUCCCCUUGCCGCCACGGCCAUGUCUGGGCCCGGCAACAAACGCGUCGCCGGCGACGGGGGCUCGGGGCCCCCAGAGAAGUUGAGUCGCGAGGAGAAGACCACAACCACCCUUAUAGAGCCCAUUCGUCUCGGGGGCAUCUCUUCCACGGAGGAGAUGGACCUGAAGGUUUUGCAGUUCAAGAAUAAGAAACUAGCAGAGCGGUUGGAACAGCGACAGGCUUGUGAAGAUGAACUCCGAGAACGAAUUGAGAAGCUGGAAAAGCGGCAGGCCACGGAUGACGCCACACUCCUUAUUGUCAAUCGCUACUGGGCCCAGCUGGAUGAAACUGUGGAAGCCCUUCUCCGACACCAUGAGAACCAGAGGGAGUUGUCUUCAGGGACAGAGGCGACUGGGACUCAGGAGGGGCUGACACGUGAUGAGAUCCCUCUCACAGAGCCAGGGACAUCGGAACUAAGGGAGACCCUGCCAGUGCAGCUGCGGCCCCCACUCAGUGAGCCAGCCUUGGCUUUUGUGGUGGCACUGGGCGCCAGCAGUAGUGAGGAGGUGGAGCUGCAGCUGCAGGGCCGUAUGGAGUUCUCCAAGGCAGCUGUGUCCCGUGUUGUAGAGGCCUCAGACCGCCUACAGCGCCAGGUGGAGGAACUCUGUCAGCGAGUAUACAGCCGAGGGGACACUGAGCCCCCCAGUGAGGCGGCUCGGGCACGUACCCGGGAGCUAGGACGUGAGAACCGGCGACUUCAGGACUUGGCCACCCAGCUACAGGAGAAGCACCACCGUAUCUCAUUGGAGUAUUCUGAGCUCCAGGAUAAAGUGACAUCAGCAGAGACCAAAGUGCUGGAAAUGGAGACAACAGUAGAGGACCUUCAGUGGGACAUUGAGAAGCUGCGCAAGCGUGAGCAAAAGCUUAAUAAGCACUUGGCAGAGGCCUUGGAGCAGCUGAACUCUGGCUACUAUGUGUCUGGGAGCUCCUCAGGCUUUCAGGGGGGCCAGAUCACACUCAGCAUGCAGAAGUUUGAGAUGCUGAAUGCAGAGUUAGAGGAAAACCAGGAAUUGGCCAACAGCCGCAUGGCAGAGCUGGAGAAACUACAGGCUGAACUUCAGGGGGCUGUGCGGACCAAUGAGCGUCUCAAGGUGGCCCUGCGGAGCCUUCCUGAGGAGGUAGUACGGGAGACAGGGGAGUACCGAAUGCUGCAGGCCCAGUUCUCACUGCUUUACAAUGAGUCUCUGCAAGUAAAGACCCAGCUGGACGAGGCCCGAGGAUUGCUGCUGGCCACUAAAAACUCACACCUGAGGCACAUCGAGCACAUGGAGAGCGAUGAGUUGGGGCUGCAGAAGAAGCUGCGCACAGAGGUUAUACAGCUGGAGGACACGCUGGCCCAGGUACGCAAGGAGUAUGAGAUGCUGCGCAUCGAGUUUGAACAGAAUUUGGCGGCCAACGAGCAGGCAGGGCCUAUCAACCGUGAGAUGCGUCACCUGAUCAGUAGCCUCCAAAACCACAACCACCAGCUGAAGGGGGAUGCCCAGCGAUACAAGCGAAAGCUGCGGGAAGUGCAGGCUGAGAUUGGCAAGCUUCGGGCCCAGGCCAGUGGCUCUACACACUCAGCCCCCAACCUGGGCCACUCAGAGGACUCUGGCCUCAGUGCCCCAGCCCCAGGGAAAGAAGAGGGUGGGCCAGGCCCUCUUGCUGCCCACGAUGGCAGAAAGGAGAUGGCUUCAGUGCCUGGUGCCACUGUGACUACCUCUUCAGCAAAGAAGGAGGAACUGGUCCCCUCUGAGGAAGAUGCCCAGGCCUUAACCCCUGGGUCCCAGGGCCCCUCCUCCCGUGGACGAGAACCUGAGGCCAGGCCCAAACGGGAGCUUCGGGAGAGGGAAGGGCCUGGCUUGGGAUCCCAGUCUAUAGCCUCUGCACUCUCAAGAGCUGAUCGGGAGAAGGCCAAGGUGGAGGAGGUCAAGAGGAAGGAGUCAGAACUCCUCAAAGGUCUCCGAACAGAACUCAAGAAGGCCCAGGAAAGCCAGAAGGAAAUGAAGCUACUGCUGGACAUGUACAAAUCAGCGCCCAAGGAGCAGCGGGAUAAGGUGCAACUCAUGGCAGCUGAACGCAAGGCCAAGGCCGAGGUUGAUGAGCUACGGAGUCGUAUCCGGGAAUUGGAGGAGAGGGAUCGAAGGGAGAGCAAGAAGAUUGCAGAUGAGGAUGCUCUGCGGCGCAUUCGGCAGGCAGAGGAACAGAUAGAACACCUGCAGCGCAAGUUGGGUGCCACCAAGCAGGAGGAGGAGGCUCUGCUGUCAGAGAUGGAUGUAACAGGUCAGGCUUUUGAGGACAUGCAGGAGCAAAAUGGGCGACUGCUGCAGCAGUUGCGGGAAAAGGACGAUGCCAACUUUAAGCUGAUGUCAGAGCGGAUCAAGGCCAACCAGAUUCACAAGCUGCUGCGGGAGGAGAAGGAUGAGCUGGGUGAGCAGGUUCUUGGCCUCAAGUCUCAGGUGGAUGCCCAGCUGCUGACUGUGCAGAAGCUGGAGGAAAAAGAACGGGCCCUGCAGGGCAGCCUUGGAGGUGUGGAGAAGGAGCUGACGCUGCGCAGCCAGGCCCUGGAGCUCAAUAAGAGGAAGGCUGUGGAAGCAGCCCAGCUGGCAGAGGACCUGAAGGUGCAGCUGGAGCAUGUGCAGACGCGGCUGCGAGAGAUCCAGCCUUGCUUGGCAGAGAGCCGGGCUGCUCGAGAGAAAGAGAGCUUCAACCUCAAGAGGGCUCAGGAGGACAUCUCACGGCUGAGGCGCAAGCUGGAGAAGCAAAGGAAGGUGGAGGUUUAUGCAGAUGCUGAUGAAAUCCUCCAGGAGGAGAUCAAGGAGUACAAGGCGCGGUUGACCUGCCCCUGCUGUAACACCCGCAAGAAGGAUGCAGUUCUUACCAAGUGCUUCCACGUUUUCUGCUUUGAGUGCGUACGGGGCCGCUAUGAGGCCCGCCAAAGGAAGUGCCCCAAGUGCAACGCAGCCUUUGGUGCCCAUGACUUCCACCGUGUCUACAUCAGCUAAACCCAUAACUCGGGACUUCGGAAUACCCAUGGACCCUGGGAGCUGUGCCCCCAGCCCCUGCCCACCCCACAUCCAGUGGCCCUACCCUUUGUUCUGGACCCUGUGGGCCCAGUCCCUCCCAGUCUAGUUGGUUUGGGGUCCCAAGUGCAUGUUAGUGGGAGUGGGAUCAGCAAAGUUCAGUUCCACCUUUCCACAGUUAGAGCUGAGGCUCCUGGCCUGCAGGAAAGAUCUGCAAUGAGAACCUAAGAAGCCCAGACCCUCUAACUGAGCUCCCUGGGAGCUGACUCCAAGCCUUCUCUGUCUCCAGAGAAGUCCUAAAGGGGAAAUUCCCCAAGCUGUGACCUCCCAUGAAAGAGGAGGCUUACAUCCACAAGUGAGGACCAGGAGUGGGCCAGGUCUCCAGCUCCCUGCUCAGAGAUGGGGACCUGGAGACUUUUCUUCACUCCCUGCCUUCUGGGCCUGGGCAGGGCUUCGCCUCUGUGGAGUUCCCUGGGCUCUUUGGUCUGGCUCUUGUGCUUAUGUCCUAGGGGACUGGGGUGGGGGGCACCAUCCUCGUCCUCUGGAGAACUCUAUGGUUGCCGCAGUCACCUUGCCCUUAUUUUGGAAAUGCUGAACCAAGAUCAUCAGUUUCUGUUCUAAUCAGGCCCCUCCCAGUAUAUAUACACUCUCCCAAGCCCUAACCCCUACUUCAUGCUUCCCAAGGCUCCAGUGGGUUCUCAGCCCUGACCCUGUUUUCAUCCUGGUGGCCUUAAGUGCAGUGGAGGCAGAACUUCCCCGAGCGGGGGAAGGGUCAGACUAGACAAUGGGCCAACUUCCAAUCAUUCCAGGUAAAAGCUUCUGACUGAGCCUGUACCCACAAUGCUUGCCCUGCUGCCUGCCCAAGCAAACUGGGCUAUGAAGGCAGCAGGCAGGGUCUGGAAGGUGGAGCAGUUGACAGGUGCCAAGGGCCCAUUUAGGCCCAUAAUUCCUGCUCUAGAGAUGUGUAGGCUGUGUGCUAUGAAUAAAUGUCCAACCUUCA